AUGGCACAGGUCACCGACGCAGAAGCUCAGCGCAUCAUCAGCCACAUGAACAAGGACCACGAAAAGUCGCUCGGGCACUACCUCGAGUACUAUGGCAACAUCUCGCCGUCGCUCGCCUACUCCAAGCCCGAGAUCGUCUCGUUCACCUCCCCGUCGAUGAAGAUCGCCUACGGCCCGGCAUUCGCCCGCGACGAGUUCACCUACGAGUUCUCGCCGCCGAUGCACGCAGGAGAGGCGAGGAAGCGGCUCGAGGAGAUGCACGCCCAGGCCAAGGUCCAGCUCGGCAUUAGCGACGCCGUCGUCUCGGGCCUGCCGCUCUCGGUCCCGGCCAUCGUCGGCACGGCCGGCAUCGUCGCCCUGUACUACUUCCUGAUCACCGUGCGCCCCGAGCGCCUCGCGGCCUGGGUCCCGUGGCAAGUGAGCGCGUUCGCGCCCGUCGUCCGCCUCGCCGGCCUCGACCCAAACUCGCCCGCCAACGCCGGCCGCGCCAUCAAGGCGUUCUGGCUCGGCCUGUUCUUUGUCGUGCACGCUAUCGAGGUCCCGGCGUGCCUCGAGCCGCAGAUCAAGCGGUACAACGUCGAGAGCCCGCUCUUGCGGCUCGCGUGGCGCUUCCUGACGCUGCUCGGCGGGUUCCCGGUGUGGCAGUCGUUGAGGGACGCGGGCAAGCAGGAGGAGAAGAAGCUCAAGUCGCUCUAGCGCGCUCGUCUUUGGUAGCGUCGUGUCGCGCUCGUUGCAGUACACAGUCGAGCUCUCUCUAUC